GGGCGCUUUAAUUAAAUAAUCUUGGAAGCUCGACUGUGAGUGCUAUUUACCGGCAAAUUUAACUGGCUGAUUGUCGAGCUAAAAUUAGAUACAACACUUCACCAGUUGUCGGGGAAAAGUCACGUAGACUUUCAGAUUGCCACUGUCCACAAACCGGAAAGAUGGCGUCCAAUACAGCUGGAACGAUGGAGGAGGCUGGGAAACUAUGGGGCGGGAGAUUCACCGGCGUCACUGACCCCAUCAUGGAGAAAUUCAACGCCUCCAUUGAUUUCGACAAGCGAAUGUGGAAAGCUGAUAUACAAGGCAGCCAAGCUUACGUGAAGGCGCUGCAGAAAGUGGGUUUAGUCACGAUGGAAGAGAUGCAAGCCAUUCAUAAUGGAUUGGAAAAGGUAGGUGAAGAGUGGGCUAGUGGGAAUUUCCAGAUCCAAGCCGGAGAUGAAGAUAUUCAUACAGCAAACGAAAGACGAUUAAAAGAAUUGAUAGGGAGUCCAGCCGGUAAAUUACACACUGGACGAAGUCGUAAUGACCAGUGUGCCACUGAUUUUAGAAUAUGGUUACGAGACGGACUGCCAUUGUUGAAAAAUCUACUCCGUGACUUCAUAACAGUGCUGGUUAACAGAGCUAAAAUGGAAGUUCAUAUUUUGAUGCCAGGAUACACGCAUUUACAGAGAGCACAACCAAUCAGAUGGAGCCAUUGGCUUUUAAGUGGUGCAUUAGCUGGUAAUCCGUUCAAUGUGGAUCGUGAAUUCCUCGCUAAAGAACUCCAAUUUGAUAGUAUAUGUGGCAACAGCUUGGACGGAACAGCAGGACGUGAUUAUGUUGCUGAAUUUUUAUUCUGGGCAUCAAUGACGAUGGUUAAUCUUAGCAAGUGGUCGGAAGAUCUUAUCAUUUAUAGCACCAAAGAAUUUAGUUUCAUAAAAUUAUCGGAUGCUUACAGUACUGGAAGCAGUCUGAUGCCACAGAAGAAGAACCCGGAUAGUUUGGAACUUAUACGUGGAAAAUCUGGGAGAGUCUUUGGGAAGUGUGCUGGCUUUAUGAUGACCAUGAAAGGCUUACCAAGCACUUACAAUAAAGAUCUACAAGAAGACAAGGAAGCAGUUUUUGAAGCUUACGACACAAUGGAAG